CGCACUGAGGCUCUCGGGUAGUGACAGGUACGCAGACGGAAAGAAGCUCGUGCUGUUCUCGCGCACAGAACUCCAACACACCUCUGGAUACAACACUAUACAUGCAGAUACAUAUCUCACCCGGAAGUGUUUAUUACUCGGUGCUUGGCUUUAUUCAGGAUUUAAAACACAACAGGAAGUGAAUCUAAAGCGCUGCUGGUUUGCGGAGGCUCCUGAUUUUAGGCAGCUAUAGAAGCUGAAACUCUCUCCUCCAGAACGUGAUCAACACGUGAGUGACGUGACUCUGAGCCUCUGUCAUGGAGGCCAUCGCCAAGUACGACUUCAAUGCUACUGCAGACGACGAGCUGAGCUUCAAACGUGGAGAGAUACUGAAGGUGUUAAAUGAAGAAUGUGAUCAGAACUGGUAUAAAGCCGAGCUGUACGGGAAAGAAGGCUUUAUUCCCAAAAACUACAUCGAGAUGAAGCCACACCCGUGGUUUUAUGGGAAGAUGCCGCGGGUGAAGGCGGAGGAGAUGCUGAAUAAACAGAGACAUGAUGGAGCGUUUCUAAUCAGAGAGAGCGAGAGCGCACCGGGGGAUUUCUCUCUCUCCGUCAAGUUUGGGAACGAUGUGCAGCACUUCAAGGUUCUGAGGGACGGGGCAGGGAAGUACUUCCUGUGGGUGGUGAAGUUUAACUCUCUGAACUCUCUGGUGGAUUAUCAUCGCUCCACAUCCGUCUCCCGAAACCAGCCCAUCUUCCUGCGUGACAUAGAACAAGUGCCACAGCACGCGUCCUAUGUGCAGGCUCUGUUCGAUUUCGACCCUCAGGAGGAUGGUGAGCUCGGAUUCCGGCGUGGAGAUCUGGUGCAGGUUCUGGACAACUCGGACCCAAACUGGUGGAAGGGGGCGUGUCACGGCCUGACCGGAAUGUUCCCUCGGAACUACGUCACUCCAGUUGCUCAGCACAUGUAAACACACGUGUAGCAACAAUAACAAUAAUCAUUUACAAAAAAACAACUACACACAAACAGCUGGAGCAGCGGAAACAGAGUGUGGGGAAAGAGAAUUAAGACUUCAUGCUGGAUCGCCAUGGAAAUGGAGAGGCUUGGGGUCAGUGCCUCAGCAGAGUUCUGCGCUGUGAUUGGAGGAUGGUGCUUGAAUCUGAUUGGCUGGAGGAGAACUGCUGCUUUCUGCAUCACUACACACUCUAAGAAAUACACACAAAAAAUGAAAAGUAUUAUGACUGGCCCAAAAAAAGGACAUGAAGUGAUUCUGCUCACAACUCUGAAACAUGUGACGUGUGUGUGUGUGUGUUUCUCCUGUAUAAUCACUCAUAACUUUAUUUUUAAUGACCGUCUCAUCAGCAUGCGCCAUACAUUCUCCUCUCUGAUGAUGUCACUACCAUUAAACAGGUGAGUCAGGCCACACCCACUCAUUAGUAUUAAUUAAUCGCAUCACUGAUGGUUAGUGUGGGCAGGUCUUCGCUUUAAAGGCCGCAUCCCACACGACCUGGACGCAGCUGCAUCGUGACUGAUGACUUCUUGUGAUUCAGGAUCAGCAGAUGUGUGAUGCGUUCGUCUCUUUAUCAAUCUGUCUAAAAAAAUAAAUAAUGUGAUGGUCUCAGGUGAUGACACGAGGCCGAUGAUGUCAUAAUGUUUACUGUAGAAACCCUGACCGGUGAUCUGGAAGGUACCGUCUGACUAGAGGUUUAGUAGUUUAGUAUUUUUGUUUUGUAUCAAAGUGAAAUAUUUAUAGGUUUUUUGCACUGUCAUAUAGUGGAACAGCAGUAUUAAAUACAUCAGGAUACUUUUAUUGAAAAAAAGGAAAGAAAAAUUGUAAAAGAAGACUUAAGAAUAAAAAAAAAGAACUUCUUUUGUGUGAGUAUUUGGAUUGUGAAUGAUUUUUCAGUGAUUUGGACUUCUGUUAAUUGUUUAACGUAAAUAUAAAGUUUUACUGGAAUAAAAUUGUAUUUUAAUC